CUCAAUUUAAAAAUAAUUUAUCUAAAUAGUCGUUAGCCAUGGCUGCAAGUAAGAGAAGAAAAUCAAACACCAAGUCUAAAAAGAGAGGAAAGAACAAGAAGAAGGAUUUAGACGAGAAUUCCUACUAUGUCUCUGGCAUUUCUGAUGGCGCUAUGAAGAGAUUAGCCAGAAGAGGAGGAAUCAAGAGAAUUUCAGCCGAUGUUUAUGAGGAGCUGAGGAAAAUUUAUAUCGUUUUCCUUGAAAAAUUAGUUGAGGAUUCUUAUAACUAUGCAGACUGUGCUAAGAGAAAGACUAUUAUACCUCUAGAUGUUGUCUAUGCUUUAAAGAGACAAGGCAGAAACUUGUACGGGUAUGUUCAUGAUCACGAAGUUGGAGGAAAAUUAGGAGUCAAACAUGAUGGAGACAGUGAUGAAUAACUCGAAAUAAGGUUUAAUUAGGCGACUGGAAGCCAAACAAUUUUACAACUAAAUCUUCUUCCUUUGAUUAUGAAGACUUCUAGCAUA